AUCAAUGGAAAUCUAUGAUUGCAUAAUUCGUCGUGUCAUAUUUCGGUUUAAAUUAGACCGUCCGUAGUGUUGUGUAACGGGGCACUUCACCAAGCUACAUUUACGUAACUCGAGUAGAGAUGAGACGAAUCACAUCCAGUUGAUGCCCGGAGUUUGUCGGGAGGAGACACGCCGUCUGACCCUGGCUGUGUUGACACCUUGUCGCCUCCUUCUAGAGACCGCAAAUCAACUCAGAUCAGAGAACAAGACAAGAGAACAGAAAGGGGAUGAUCAAAUUACAAGAGAAACCACCGUCCCCGUGAACCAAGGAAGUGCCUGUGACGUGUUUAAGUGUGUUCGAAGCGAAGGAGAGGAUGUCGCGGUUCAGUGCGAUGCUGGUGACGUUCCUGCUGGCGGAGGCGGUCGUCCCAGCUGCAAGGGCUGUGUACCUCGACGUCUCCCACUCCGGCGUGUGGAAACUACCCGAAGACACUCCGCACGACCUGCAGUUCGCCCUCUGCUUCAACGACAGCGACCUCCUGCCUCUGCCCCACGUCCCUCCCGAGGCCUUACUGGCGGUCACCGUUGUGCCCGACGAAGCGUGGAAGCUCAGUUUCGUGAACGACACUGUUCUGUUCACGGCCGAGGAGGUGUUCCAAGGCGUGAACAAAAGCGUCACGUUCACCGGGUACUACUGGGGCACCACAGAGCUCACCUUCUACCUGACCCGGAAUGACCUUGACCCGGAUUUCGACCAGCGCGUCCUCUUGAGUGAAGAUGACCUGGCGAUCACGAUCGACCGGAAAUCCCUGACCGUCGACACCCUCUUCAUCGCCGUCGGCUCCUUCUUCGUCCUCAUCAACAACAUCAACAUGGGCGCUCAACUCGACCUCGACAUCAUCAGGGGUGUCUUGCGGCGUCCCCUCGGCCCUGCCUGCGGCUUCGUGUCCCAGUUCCUCUGUAUGCCGACGCUGACAUUCGCAAUGGGAAAGCUGUUCUUCAGUGACCCUCUGCAUCGCCUGGGGCUCUUCACCUUAGGCUGUUCCCCUGGCGGCACCUCCUCGAACUUCUGGACUCUCAUGUUCAACGGAGACAUCAAUCUGUCAAUCACCAUGACCAUCAUCUCAACCAUCGCUGCAAUGGGUAUGAUGCCCCUGUGGAUGUUCACUCUGGGCUCGAGUCUGUUGGAGGAAAACGCCAACAUCCACAUCCCCUUCGUCAACCUGGCCAUCUCCCUCAUCACCCUCACCGUUCCCGUUUGCCUCGGGAUUUUCCUAAGGAUGAAACGACCUGCCGUGGCUGAGAAGGGGAAGAGAGUGAUCAAGCCUUUUUCAUUCUUCAUCCUCAUCUUCUUCAUGGUGGUAGGUACUUACAACUCCUACAAGGUGUUGUUGAUGAUGACGUGGCAGAUGGUCGUCGCCGGCUUCCUUGUGGUCCUCUGUGGAUAUACCUUGGGUGCCGUUUUUGCCAGGGUCGUGUGCCUCACCGGAGACAAGGUCAUCGCCAUAAGCAUCGAGACGGCGCUGCAGAACCCUGGGGUGGCAUUUAUCCUUCUGAAACUGUCCCUCGAAAGCCCGUACAGUGACCUAGCGGCUGUACCCAUCAUCGCGACGCUGUUCGUGUCUGGGCCGCCCCUCAUCCUCGUCUACCUCUGUUUCCUGCUCGCCCGUCGCUGCUGUGGCUGCUGCCCGCCUGCCCAGGGCGCGGACCCGACGCAGAAGGCGGAAAUCGGCGACAAGGAACCUGGAGAGGCGAUGAAGUUCCUGCCGGACGCCGAAGGAGGGACGCUCAAGGGCAGGGAAGAAUGAGCAGGAGGGAAAGGGGAAGGGAGAGGAAGUGGGAAGUAAGUGUGUGUGUGUGUGUGUGUGUGUGUGUGUAUGUGUGUGUGUGUGUG